AUGGCCUAUUUGUCCUUACGGGACAACUUAAAGGAGAACUAUGAGGUGGUUGUUUUGCGAGUUCUUGUUCCCGAAUGUGAAAAAAUAUGCAGUGUAGCCGCUCUGUGUCUUGGCUGGGGGAGUGCGCGCCAUUCGUCUUCUCUCUCCAAUCAUCUAGUCUGCUAUUCUGUGCCUUACAGGAGCCUAAAUGGGGUGGAAACAGAUCCCAUUCAGCUGCACCGGGACCGCUUAUAUGCCUGGUUUACUUGUUUGCCAAGUGAGGAACGACACUUUGGGCCUUCUUUUGCUCUGAAUUCUAUUCACGUAGAUCCAGUUAUUCGUGAAAGCUCCAUAGAAGACAUCAUGCGUCCUCUGUCUGAAUCGACUUUCCAGACUCCGCAGCAGAGCCUACAGUGUCCUCGCAGUAUAUCUGUAUCUCAGUUGUUCCAAGCUGAUUCCUCUGGAAACCCUGUACGAACUGUAGUUCUGUAUGGCACAGUUGGUACUGGAAAAAGCACCCUCAUUCGAAAACUUGUAUUGGAUUGGUGCAAUAAACGCGGGGCUGAUUUCCAGCUGAUUAUUCCGCUCUCUUGUGAAGAUCUGUCUCAGGUCUCUGCCUCUGUGUCACUGACACGACUAAUUGGCAGAAAAUAUCUUCAUCUACGAGAUCUGCUACCCACAUUGUCAAAUAAUCCCAAUAUACUCUUCAUUCUCAAUAGCCUAGAGUGGAUGAACCUAGAUUUCAGGAUGGCAAACACUGAGCUGUGCAGUGAUCCAAAUGAAGCCAUGCCUCCUCCAGCUAUCCUUGUGAACCUUCUGAGGGGAUACAUGCUUCCUGAGGCAAAACUCCUGGUCACCACCCGUCCUUCUGCUGUUAAUAGAAUUCCCAGAAAGUAUGUGGGACGGUAUGUACAGAUUUGUGGCUUUUCUGACAUGGAGCUACAGAAGAUGUAUUUCCAAGUGCGCCUAGGCCAUAAAGGUGCAGAUCCUCGGGAGACAGAAAAUCUGGCAGAGAUGCUAAGUCGCAAUUUAGAACAUCAUGGCCAGUUGUCUGCAGCAUGUUUCUUGCCCUCCUAUUGCUGGCUAACCUGUGCAACAUUACACUUACUGUACUAUACCAAACCAGAUGACCCCCCUAUGACGUUGACUGGAAUUUAUACAGCUUUCCUGCGACUUAAUUUUGCUGGAGAAGUGCUGGACAUAACACAUCCCUCUAAGAUAUCUCUAAUGCGUUAUGUAGCACGCACUGUAGGUAAAUUGGCAUAUGAAGGCUGUCUGUCACGUCGCACACGUUUCACCGAAGAUGAUGUUACAAAGUGUUUUCACGUGGAAAUGAACAGCGAGGAGGAGCUUAAUCUUCUAAAUGUCUUCCGGUCUGAUGCCUUCCGCUUCUUUCUGACACCCUGCGUCAAGCCGGGCCAAGAGACCUUGUUUGUCUUUACAAUACCUGCUAUGCAGGAGUACCUUGCUGCACUGUAUGUUGUAUUGGGAGAAAACAAGACUGCUUUGCAGCGUCUGGGAAAAGAAGUUACUGAGAUCAUCAGUAAAGCUGGAGAAGAUGUGGUUGCAGUAGUCAAUGUGUUGUCAAAGUUUCUUCCUCUACGCAUCUUCGCUCUUUUUAAUCUGUUGCGUGUAGUUCCUCGGCUCUUUGGAAAGGUUACUGGGCAGAGUCGUGAUAACAUAGCUCACACUAUGACUGUAGAAAUGUUCAGGGAGGAAGACUCUUAUAACGAUGAUGUUUUAGACCAAAUAAACUCCAGCAUCCUUGGUAGGGAGGGACCUUCUCAGCUAGCAGAGGAAGAUGAUGAUGAAGCAUUUGAGUUAUUCCCUAUAUUUAUGGGAGGGCUUUUGUCACGCCAAAAUCGCGCUAUGUUGGACCAACUUGGCUGUUCAAUAAUGAACAUGGCAGCAUUCGAAAUCACAAAGGCUUUGAAAAAGCAUCUGCUGCGCUGGAGUCUUCGGAAGUUGCCACCUUCUGAGCUCAUGGACUUUUUGUUCUUUUUAUAUGAGUUUCAGAAUGAAGGAUUCACAGCUGGCUUGGUCAGUUCAGUACAAGAACUGGAUCUCUCAUCUGUCCGCAUGACGCCCCUCAAGUGUACUGUUGUGGCUGCGGUAAUGGGAGAUAACCGGAAAUCUGUUUCGAAAAUCAACCUCUAUAACUGCCAUCUAGAUCCUGAUGCCAUCCAUACUUUAUCUCACUUGCUGAGAAGAUGCCAGGAUGUGAAUUUGCAGAUGAAUUCACUAGGACCAAAUUCCUGCCGAGAAAUAAAAGACAUUUUGCUCCACCCAGACUGUGCUAUUACCAACUUACGAUUGUGUAAUAACCCUUUGACAGCAGAAGGAGUGGGAUUUAUUAUGGAGGGCCUUGCAUCUAACAGUUCAUUAAAGCACUUAUCACUCCUCCACACGGACCUUGGCGACAAGGGGGGCGAGAUUUUGGCAGAUCAUUUAGGAAGAAAUAAAUACCUUGAGGAAUUAAAUCUGGCAUACAAUGGGAUCCAUGACCAGGCGGCUUUCAGACUUGUUGAAGAGGCUGCAAUCCACCCAACGCUUAACAGAGUGCAUCUCUAUUUUAAUGAACUGUCAGAUGAUGGUCUCCGUGCCCUGAAGCCUGUUGGGGUGAAGGUCCUUGUGUCUCUUACUGACGGAGCAGAUGCAUCACGCCACUGGCAUCUCAUUUUAAGAGAGCUGCGGGCCAAUGUUGGAGGUUGGGAUCAUGCACGCAUUAGUGCUCACCUCACUCUGCUCUUGCGGGAUCUGCAGCAAAGCCGAGCACUAACUAGAAAUCUAUGGCGCAAGGCACGAAUUUUUCGUGUAGAGACUGAGGUGAAACGUAUGCUAGGCAGAAUUCAGCAGGGAACUCUCUGAAAACAUUUUGAUCACAAAUGCACUUUGUUGUCUUGCAGUAUGGUUUGCUUCUGGUAUUGAUCAUACAGUUAAAGGUCACGUCCAAGAAAAGGUAUACAUAUGUACAAGGGUGUGUGUGCUGCAUGUGUACAAUAUCUGUCAACUGUGUUUAUUGCUUCAUGAUAUAUAAGUAAUAGAAUAUUUAUGACUUACUGCACUUAUACCCCUAAUACUUUGUGCAUACAAGGGGAGUGGUGGCUAUUGGCACAUUUUUUAAAUGGUUUAGGAAAAAUAUUUUAAGCGCUAAGUGUUGUUCAAUCACUUGUUAAAGCUACGGUUACAUUUUUUAA